AUGGCGGAAACUGAGAGACCCCACCGUUCUUCAAGUAUUAACAGUAGCAGCAACAACACAAGAAACGCUACUUCUUCUUCUUCAACAGAUUUAUUCAUUUGUUUCACAUCUCGCUUCUCUUCCUCUACCUCCUCCAUGCGCCUCUCUUCCCUCAGCCCAGCUCGCUCCGCCUGUCUCACCACUUCUCUCAGCCGUCGUCUCCGUACUAGCGGCAGCUUAAAAAACGCCUCAGCAGGAGUUCUCAACUCUCCGAUGUUCGGUAACAACGUAGGAGUACGGAAGAGAUCUGGAUCCGGCUACGAUAACAAUAAUAAUAACAAUAACAAUAACAUAGAGCCUUCGUCUCCGAAGGUGACGUGUAUCGGACAAGUAAGGGUGAAGACGAGGAAGCAUGUGAAGAAGAAGAUGAGAGCGAGAUCCAGGAGGAAAGGAGGCGAGACGAGCAGCAGCUUCAGGAGAUCAUCGAGUGAUCAAAACGACAGAGGAGGGUGUCGUUUCGACGCGAGCGAGAACCGUUGGGUUCAUUUCCCCGUGACGAUCUGCGAGUCGUUGAGAUCGUUCGGCUCCGACCUUAACUGCUUCUCCUCCCCGUGUAGAUCCUCUUGCGCCGACGGGAGGCGAGGUGAGAGCAAUAACGGUGGUGGCGGAUGCGGAGGAGGAGGAGGCUCGUGCGGCGCGGUGUUCACGCGGUGGUUCGUGGCGGUGGAGGAGACGGGAGGGAAGAGGAGGGAGAUUGAGCUUGUGGUCGGAGGUGGAGAGGAGGCGGCGGAGGAUGAGGUGGAGGAUAUGAGGAGGAGGAGUCGGCGGAGGCAUGUUUUCGAGGGGAUUGAUUUGAGUGAGAUUGAGAUGAAGACGGAGAGGAGAGAGAGGGAGAUGGUUAAUUUCUGUUCUCCGCCGAAGAAUGCUUUGCUGUUGAUGAGGUGUAGAUCUGAUCCGGUUAAGGUGGCGGCGUUAGCUAACCGGGUUCGUGAGAGACAGAUGUCGCUUGAUGAAGGCGCGUGUGGAAGAGAGGAGGAAGAGGAUGAGGAGAGGAGGAGGUUUGAGCUCGAUUUGGAGGAUAAGAAGCGGAUUGAGUUGUGUGAGAAAUGGAUCUCUGGAGAGACUAUUGUUGAGAGAGAGGUUGUGGUAGUAGUUCCAGAAACUCCUAAAGAGGAAGAACUUGUGGAAGUUUCUGAAGAUUCAGAAGGUUCCAAGAUACAAGAGGAAGAGAUUGAAGCUAUGAUCAUUAAACUCAUUGAAGAUGAUCUCAGAAAGGCUAUUGAAGAAGAGGAGCAUAUAACUGAGAUGGAAGAAGAAGAAGAAAGGAAAGAAGAGGAAGAGCUAACUGCCUCUGUGACACCAAACGUAGAAAGAUCCAACCAAGGAAACAGAGAACCCGACCCGAGUCCGGAAGUGAUAACCAGAGGAGGAGAUCAACAACAACAGGAAACAGCUGAGAAAGAGAAAACGACGCCGUAUAAGGUGUUACCGGAUUGUCUGUUACUAAUGAUGUGUGAGCCAAAGCUUUCCAUGGAAGUCUCAAAGGAGACUUGGGUCUGCUCCACAGAUUUCGUUAGAUGUCAACCGGGAAGACCUCCGGCUAAGAAGAUAACAGAAGCUACCGGAGAUCAUCAUCACCAUCAUCAACAACAACAACCGAAGAAACGAAUUGUCUCCGCCGUUGAUUCAAACGCAUCAUCUCGCCGGCGUUCAAUCGAUAAACGACCUGUUCACCAAUCUCUGUUACAGCCGCCACGGUCGUCGUGCUCAUAUCCGGCAGCUCCGCCGUUAUUAACGGCGGCUGCUUCGGUUAGGGAGCAGAAGGUAGUCGGAGGUAAUAAUAAGGGGUACGAGCCACCGGUGUUGCCACGUUGCAAAUCGGAGCCGAGGAAGUCAGCUUCGAAGCUUGCGCCGGAAGCUUGUUUCUGGAAGAAUCGGAAGCUCGAGGCUCAUCCUCCAGCAACCGUCGGAGUCGGCGGCGGCGCCGGAGUAGGGUUCUAG